GUGUGUUUCAUAACAGGCCUGUGCGCUGCAAGCAAUCCCAAUUGGUCAAAGUCAUGAGACAGUGUGGGCUAAUGUACGCUAUAAAGGACAGUGCAACAGAGAAGACAACCCCACACCCAAAAAAACAUCAUCACACAGAAGGGGAGCAGCACCACUGAAAAGAGUCAAGAUGCUUACUGUGAAAAACAUGUCCUUCAAGACCGGCCAGGAGAUGAAGAUCACGGGCAAAGCUACUUCAGCCACCGGAUUCUCCAUCAACAUUGGCCACAGCGAGGACUCUUUGGCGCUGCAUUUCAACCCUCGCUUCUCGCUUUCAACCAUCGUUUGCAACUCCAAGAAGGGGGGUGCAUGGGAGAGUGAAGCCAGAGACAGCUCCUUCCCCUUCCAUGCCAAUGAGGAGUUCAAGGUGAGCAUUCAAUUCAGCGGUGACUCCUUCAAUAUCAAGCUUCCCAAUGGCCACAACAUACGUUUCCCCAACCGAUUUGGGGAUUCUAAAUUCAAGCACAUUCACUUUCACGGGGACGUCAAGAUCUACAGCUUGAAGAUCAAAUAGCCUAAGCCCACCGAGAACAUCAGCCAUUUUGAUAUCUAAUGUUCACUUCCUCUUUCACAGGAUUGAUUUUUUUUUUAUACCUGAAAGCAAUCAUAUACGAACAUUAUGAAUACAAAGAUUGAAUAUCUAUUCUGUGCUUACAAUUAAAAAUGGUAUGAAAACAAA